CCCACCAAAAGUAAACAAUAAGCCUUAUUAUAAGGUCAAGCGUCGAGCAUCCAGAUCGAGAUUGCUGGGGCUUUACUGAGUGACAAUGGCUGCUACCCGUGGCUCUGCUUUUACAACAAAUAAGAAAAAUAUGGAGGUAGAGAGUGUCUCAACACAGUCCACAACACUGCUCUCAAGGAUGAAGAAGGCUGUUGUAUGGGUAGUGUCUAUUCUAACUGUUGUCAUUGCUCUCAAGACUGCUAUGCACUGGGAGCUAAGUGGAGCUUGGUUUGCGGCUAGGUCCUUUUUGAGCUCAGGAUGGGCUGCUCUGUAUAGAGUCUCAGGAGAGAAUGAUGUGUACAUGCAGUUGGUGAUUUUCCCCAUUGUUACAAACGUUGUGUUUGUGCUGGUCAACAGUUUCUUUGCUUUUCUGGAUUUGACUGGCAGACCUGCAUUUCUGGUCAAGUACAAGAUACAGGAGGCUAAAGCACUGCCUGUAAAUUGGCAGACUUAUAAGAAGACCAUUGUCCGUUCUGCUCUCAACUCCACAGUGACCAGUGCAGUGUUCCAGCUGACAGUGUACCCUCUCUUUGUCCUGAGGGGAACUGCCAGUGGCUAUGAGCUACCCUCAUUUCGUACUGUGGUGGCCAACCUCUUUGUGUGUAUGGUUGCUGUGGAAAUCUUUUUCUUCUACUCACACUGGUUGUUUCAUUACCCUCCGCUCUACAAAAUGGUGCAUAAGACCCAUCACGAGUGGAUAGCCCCUGUGGGGAUUGCCUCCAUCUAUUGCCACCCUCUGGAGCACUGUUUUGUCAAUCUUCUACCAGUGGCUGCUGGACCACUAAUUACAGGGGCUCACAUGUCUGUGAGUCUACUCUGGUUCUCCCUGGUGAUUAUCAGCACCACUAUCAAUCAUAGCGGCUACCACUUCCCCUUCCUGCCUUCCUCUGAGUCACACGAUUUCCAUCAUGCUAAAUUUAACCAGUGCUAUGGAGUGUUUGGGAUAUUGGAUCGCCUCCACAAUACUGACCUCAAGUUCCGUGCAAGCAAGGCUUAUACUCGUCAUACAAUACUAUUGGGGCUGAAACCAGCCAACCAACUGUACCCUGAUAAGAAAGACACUUAGUAUAAUAGUGUUGUUUGUGUGUGCAUGUGUGUGUUGUCUCUGUUGUAAAGUUGUUGUUACUAUAAUUAUUAUAGUAAAUUAUGGGGAAAA